CUGCCACAGAAACAGUACCCGAGAAGGACUGGAAAACGACAGGAACACAAGAAUUGGAUACCUGUGGAUUACAUACCAGGAACGCCUGACGCCUAUACACCGAACAAAAUGGCGGAUAGUGAUGGGACCAAAGGUAAAGCAAGUAAGAAAAAUCAGAAGCGGGCGGAAAAAAGACAAAAGGCGAGGGUUGAGAAGUUAAAAGAGGGAGGAAUUGUCACAGAAUUGUUGGAGCUGCAAGACCCCAUUGGGAUUCUUCGAGUGAGGUUGCAGGAAGCUAAGCUUAACAAGGACCAUAAACUUGCAGCACAGAUCAGAAAUCAGAUAUGGAUAGCUCAAGAUUCUGCAGCUGGUUGCAGUGUCCCUGAUGCAGAAACCCUUGGUGUUUCAUAUGACCUCAGUAAAGUUUCAAGCCCUAAUUUAUUAAGUGAAAAGAAAACCAACCCAUGUACUCUACAAGUAGCAGCAUCAACUGGAGCUGAUACCUCAACUAGUGAACUCACACAGACAGAAAAACGUCUGAGGAAUCUUCGGAAAAAAAUUACCCAGAUAAAGAAUCUUAAAGAGAAAAGAGAUAAAGGAGAACAAUUAGAGGAGACACAGAUCCAGAAGGUGAACUCUGAGGAUGAAUUGUUAAAAGAAAUUGAGGAGUUGGAAGGACUCUUAUCAGGAAAGCUAAAGUUGUGAUUGACGUCCAUGGUGACAUGAUCUGCUUUACUACCCAGGGGAAGUGUAUUCAAACAGAGUUCUUUUGUAAAACAUUUUUAGAAUUUUUUAUUCUAGAUCUUGUAAAUAGGAGCUCAUCUCAUUCCUAGCCAUGCAUGCACCAAGAAAAUGCCUUUGAUCAUGUCUUAUUUACAGUAAACAUUGUAAUUGUGACUAAGUGAAACAUGAUCUCUUGGUUGAAUCCAUGCUGUAUACAGUAAAAAUCGAUCUACCAUAAAAA